UUUUUUUUCUUCUCUCUCUCUCUAGAGUAGCUACAAAUAUAAAAUGUUUUUUUUUUUCCUUGUUGCUUAGGACUUUAAUUUAUAAAUUUUUAGUCUAAAGUUGGAACCUUUGUAUUCUUGUGUCUGUGUGUGUGUGAGAGAUGGUUGUGUGAAUUCUCAAGGAAACACCAAAGUCCUCUCUUUCACACCUUCAAUCUCAAACUCAUGGAAACAUCAACAACAACAAGAAUCUAGGGUUUGACAACAUCAACUUCAUCAAGAUAGAGUGAGAGAGGUUGAAAAUGGAAGAGGUUGAACAAGCUAACAAAACAGCUGUUGAAAGCUGUCAUAGAGUUCUGAGUAUGUUGUGUCAACCAAGGGAUCAAGUUCAUCAUAGGAAUCUAAUGGUGGAAACUGGUGAAGCUGUGAAUAGGUUCAAGAAAGUUGUGUCUUUGCUUCAUAAAAGUUUGGGUCAUGCCAGAGUUAGGAAGAGUAAAACUCAUCAACAAGUCCCUUUUCCUCAAAAUGUUUUCUUAGAUAAUCCAAAUUGCCAAAAAACCAUUAACCAUCAAACCAAAAAUCUUCACUUUACUCAAACUAGCCACCCUGAAAAUUCAGUUCAGGAACUUGGUUUAACCAUAAGAAAUCCACUCUCUCUUGGAAACCCUUCUUUGGAAUUGAGCUCGAACGGGAAAAGUCCUCUUCAUCUUGCUCAACCGGCUGCUGCGUCAUCUCACUAUCACUUCAUUCAGCAGCAACAACAGCAGCAGCAACAAAGGUUUUUGCUGCAUCAGCAUCAACAGCAGCAACAGCAGCAGCAGCAACAAAUGAAGCAUCAAGCUGAAAUGAUGUUCCGAAGGAACACUAGCGGCAUAAACCUUAAUUUUGACAACACCACUAGCGGCACACCAACAAUGUCGUCUACUAGAUCUUUCAUUUCGUCGUUGAGCAUAGACGGAAGUGUAGCUAACAUGGACGGAAGUUCAUUUCAUUUGAUAGGAGCUCCAAUCUCUUCGGAUCAGAACUCACAACAGCACAAGAGAAAAUGUUCUGCUAGAGGCGAUGAGGGAAGUCUGAAAUGUGGUAGCAGUUCUAAAUGCCAUUGCUCAAAGAAGAGGAAACAUAGAGUGAAGAGAUCGAUUAAGGUGCCUGCAAUCAGCAACAAGCUUGCAGAUAUCCCUCCUGAUGAUUACUCAUGGAGGAAGUAUGGGCAGAAGCCGAUCAAGGGCUCUCCUCACCCUAGGGGAUAUUACAAGUGCAGCAGCAUGAGAGGCUGCCCUGCUAGGAAGCAUGUUGAGAGGUGCUUGGAAGAGCCUACUAUGCUGAUUGUUACCUAUGAAGGUGAUCAUAACCACCCCAAGGUACGACACAAUCUGCAAAUGCAUGAACUGUAUGGAGAGGCCCGUCAUUUAAUUUGUCAAGACCGCUAUGUGAUUGAUUGGCUUGAGAUGUUUCUGUACAUAUUUCAAGUGAUGCAAGCAGGGCUGCAGAUUUUGGCUUUUGGCUUUUGGAUAGCUUGGUUGAUGAGUCGUUUAUUUAGAGGUGGUGUUAAUCAAAGUUGCUGGUUAAGUGCAGGAAUAUGUAAAAUUGGUAGUUUCAAUUCGUAAGAACUAUUUUAUUUUUCUUAAGUAUGUUAUAAACAUUUCUGGGUUCUUAAAAUUAUUGGAAAUUGUCUUUGGAAAAUGAUUUAGCUAUUUCAAUUUCAUUUUUUGAA